UCUUCUGUCCAGCACCUGGGUGAAGCAGCUCUGCCACAACAACAUCAUGACUGGACUGGGAACUCAUUUCUUCUUGACCACCUUCCUAUGUGGACUUUUUCUGCUUGCUGCUUUGGCUCUGCUCUGCUACUUCACCUGUAGGAUAGCUGGUGCAGUUCAUUUAGGCGGACCGGACAGAUUUUGAGGCAACUUGUUCAUACUUGUAAAUGAUACGUUUCCAACCCGUCAACAGGCUUCUUAAGAAGGCUCUUAAUGUAAUGACUGGCCGCAGUUACGCAUCAGUAAACAUGAAGAUGAUGGCACUUUUAGUCAUUUGUUCCUGUCUCUUAUCUGUAAUCUUGGCAAAACCGAAAUUCCCAGAGAAGGAGAAAGAUCCCCAAUUUUGGCAUGCGGGGGCUCAGGCAUCCCUGAAGAGUGCCCUGGAGCUCCAGAAUCUGAACCAAGGGAUGGCAAAAAAUCUCAUCCUCUUUCUCGGAGAUGGGAUGGGUGUUCCUACUGUGACUGCAGCCCGGAUCCUAAAGGGUCAGCUAAGUGGACAUAGUGGAGAAGAAACCCAGUUGGAGAUGGAUCAGUUCCCCUUUGUGUCUCUGGCCAAGACGUACAACACCAAUGCGCAGGUCGCAGAUAGCGCGGGAACCGCCACAGCUUACCUGUGUGGAGUCAAGGCCAACGAGGGAACCGUGGGUGUGAGUGCUGCAGCGGUCCGAUCCCAGUGCAAUACCACUCAAGGCAACGAGGUCACUUCUAUCCUCAAAUGGGCCAAGGAUGCAGGGAAGUCGGUCGGAAUAGUGACGACAACUCGAGUGAACCAUGCCACUCCAAGUGCUGCGUAUGCUCACAGCGUGGACAGAGACUGGUACUCGGAUAACGAGAUGCCACCUGAAGCGCUGGAAUCCGGAUGCAAAGACAUCGCCAGACAGCUCUUUGAAAACAUUCCAGAUAUUGACGUGAUCAUGGGUGGAGGAAGAAAGUACAUGUACCCUAAAACAGUGGCAGAUAUAGAGUACCCCACUAACCCUAAGCACAGAGGCACACGAAACGAUGACAGAAAUCUGCUGGAGGAGUGGAUCAACAAAACCAAGAACGAUAGAGGUUAUUACGUGUGGAACAAGAAGCAGCUUUUAUCGUUGAACCCCAACAAUGUGAAGUACUUGCUCGGUCUGUUUGAACCAUCAGAUCUGACGUACGACCUGGAGAGAGAUAAGGAUAGCGACCCUUCGUUGACACAAAUGGUUGACGUUGCCAUCAAGAUCCUGAAAAAGAACCCUGAAGGAUUUUAUCUUCUUGUAGAAGGAGGUCGUAUUGACCAUGGUCACCAUGAAGGAAAGGCUAAGAUGGCCCUGUAUGAAGCUGUUGAAAUGGACCGUGCGAUUGGCCGUGCCGGUCUCAUGACCAGCAUCCAUGACACGCUGACCGUUGUCACUGCCGAUCAUUCGCACAUGUUCAACUUCGGUGGUUACACCCCAAGAGGGAAUCCGAUAUUUGGGCUGGCCCCUAUGAUAAGUGACGUUGACCAAAAGCCGUUCACCUCUAUCUUGUAUGGCAAUGGACCAGGCUACAAGCUUGUGAACGGAGCAAGAGAGAAUGUUUCAACUAUUGACCACCAUGAUGCGAAUUAUCAAGCCCAGGCAGCCGUACCCCUCGCCAUGGAGACUCACGGAGGAGAGGACGUGGCCGUGUUUGCUAAAGGCCCCAUGGCUCACUUGCUGCACGGCGUACAUGAGCAGAACUACAUCCCCCAUGUGAUGGCGUACGCCGCCUGCAUCGGCCAGAACCACGAUCAUUGUCAUACUACAAGUGGAACUGCUGGUGUUCAGCCUGUCCUCGCAAGUAUCAUAACCGCUCUUGCAUUUGGUCGAAUGUUGUGCUGAUCGCUCUGCGACCCUUCGCUGAUUAUCUUUUGUAAAAUAAUAACCUAAGAGCAAUACCAGAGUAGACAUUCCAGGUUACUUCAAGUCGUGUUGACUUUCUGAAGAGUGGUAAAAGAAUGAUUACAGUCAGCCACCAUCGUUUCUGUUUCUGUGCUGCCAAAUCAUAAUUGGACUGCUCUUGUCAUAUGAAUGUUUGGCAGUACUGUAUGUAGUGAGCACAUGAACAAGUAAUGUGGUGGACCAACAGACCGCGAAGCUGACUGAAGUUUAAACGUAUGAAGAUGUAUAGUGUUAAUUACUUUAUGAGAAAGUAUGGAUCUUUUAUACUGAUAUUGUCUUUGCACUCAUAUCCCUUUGUCAGCUAGUCACUUGCUCUAUUGCUUCAGUUGAUGUAUGAAACAUGUAUCUGCAUUUCUGUUUCGUCACCACUUCAGUUGUGUUGUUGUGUGCAGGUUCCACAAGCACUCACAUUUCCGCAUUUCCACUAUUUGUAAUUGUUGUGUGCUGCACAGGUCACAAAUCAUUUGUCACCACACUUAAUUGAGUAAGUUUUUCUUAUGUGAAACCCCUAACAUUUGAAGCAUAAUAGCUUUGUUAACAGUUAUUAGUUUGGGGUUAGCAAAAUCUACCUCGUAUUUUCACAAAUGAGAAAAAUACAUUACUAUGCAUUUGCGGAAGUUUUUUGUUGUUUUCUUUUUUUGUUCUAAAACUUGCAAAUUGUGAAGUAUGUUGCUAAAAUCUGAAACUUGAUUGUGUCCACAAGCAGAUUUAAAAUCUUAGAAUAAAUGCCCAUUUUUUCUCUUUCUGAAGUUGUUGUCAUUUUAAUUUCAAAUAGAUGUACUUUUCUCCUGUUUGUCUUGGACGUCCUGAGAUGUUUUGCUAAAUUAAGUUCAGUGCUUUGUCACAGUGCUCUCUGUAAUAGUUUUUGUGGGGUGAAUGGGCACAAGUCAGCACAGUCCGGCAAAAGAGAAAAUGAAAGAGUGGAGUGCAAUGGCAGUACAGAGGUUGAGAAGGUGGAGAGGACCUGCAUGGAGAAUGGGUGCUACUGUAUUGACAAACAUUGCCAAGCAUCACUAAGGAUGUUCCAACUGUUUGUCAUUCACUGAGAGCAACAGACAAGAAACUACAGUUUGAAAGAGAUAGAAUGGUGGUGAGGAAAACAGGAUCAUCAAGAAACAUGAUCCAGGAAAACAGUUGCAAAUGCAUGAACUGUAAAGGGGCGAGGUGGUGUAGGGUUUUGUUCCAACCAGUCAUGCACACACAAGUUCACAAAUUAGCUAAAACAGCAACAGCAACAGACCGACAACUGAUAACAGUCUUCAGACUCUUGACCGGUUCAAGUAUGUGUGCGUGACCAGUGAGUGCAACACCAACUGGUUUAAGAAAUGAAGAUAAAAAGCAGGAGUAAACCGAAACCCAAUAACAUUCUUAAUAACGUAGCUGAACUGUUAGCUGUCAGCGAAACUACAGUAUGUCUGUAAUAAUGGAAAAACUUGCUGUCAAUAUAUAGAUUUCUGUCAGCCUGAAAACCUUUGUGUAGUCAGAGCUGUUCACACUCACUUGCGUCAACAAAACAUCACUUCGAUCUGGCUCCUAAGUUUUCCACUUCUUCUUUCUCCAUCCACACAUCACUUGAUCUCUGAUUGAUGAUGCUUUAUAUCAAUCAAUCUCUCAGCCAGAAGUAUCGCUGGCAUACUUUUUAGUCUUGUCCAUGUUCUCCAGCAAGUAUACGGAAUGACCGGCUUGAAUUCAGGGAGCCAGAAGCUCAAACUGUGCUCCUGUUCCCAAGCUAAACAAUUACCACAAUAGUUGACUGUGGGAGAGACAUAUAUGUCCAAUAGUUGUGUUUUUAUGUUUUUGCUUAAGUCGUGCAUUCAUCUAGCUUUCCACGUUACUUCAUUUUAAUUCAGUCUCAAAAGCAAACUCACCAAUAUUGGGUUCUACUGUUUUUCAAUCUGGGAAAACCUUAGUAUUCCACCAAAAGAGCAGGACUUAGAUUUCUGGUGAGUAAGACCAAUGGGACUCAUACUCAGAUAAGAAGAAGAAACAAUUAGAAUAAUCUUGGUCAAGCAUUCUCUCCUUAAUGUGUAGCCAUUCGUGUGUGUGUGUGUGAGCAUGUUUUGCCAUGCUUGUGAGAGUUGUCCCCACAAUGUUUAGGGGGUUAAAGCAUCAGUAAAAGUAGUUUAUAAUAAUCAGGUUUUAGUUUAACUCAGAGUCCUGGUUCAAUUUAGCCAUUUUCUUUGAAUGGCUAAGUUAAGGGUGAGAGGCUGGAGAAAGCAUUAUGUCAAUGUGAGGUCCCCACAAAAAUAGUGAAGAAAUAAUGUGUGUGUGUGCAUGGUAAAAUUAGUUUUAUACAUUUUAAAGCAACAAUGUGUAACCUUUAGACAUAAAUACAGUACAUUAUUUUCAUAUUUCCAGAGAUGACAGGUUUCAGUAUAAACAGUCCAAAAUCCCGGAGUCAGGCUCUCCAGCUCUUUCUCUGGGUGAGUUCUGUGAGUGGCAUCACAGACCCAACUCCACCCUUACGGCAACACUUUACAGCAGAAGGACAGAGCAACCUCGGCAGUGAGCUGAGUUCCUUUGUUUACAUCAUGUCAGAAGAAUGGAAUGACAGAGAAAGAUCACAGAGAUCCUGUUUAAAAACUAAUUGACCAUACGUGCGUACGAGCGCAUGCAUGCACAGCGAAUAAGUAUCAUUUAUUUCCACGAAAAUGUAAUGCAUUCACGAAACUGAUUCAGACAAAUUGAAACCAAUAAAAUGCACGUAUAUAUUAUGAGUCUGCGCUCAUUUUUCUCUGUGAAUUUGUCGGGAAACAGAGCAGAGAGCACUCAGGAACAAGAGUCUGAAUAAGUACCAAAAUCAAAGUCAAACUGGUGAAAUUAGUGACUCGUGUGGCUGUAAUGUUGUAACAGGAGUCGGAAAAGCUCAAAUAAAUUGCAGCAGUACGACGUUAUAGUAUGUGAAUGAGCCGCAAUUGGAGCCCUAUUCUUUUUUUUCGUGUUCCAAAAGGCAUUUUUCGUGACCCCAUACACGAUUCAAUAGAUUAAAUAUUCGUGACCACAUGCCAACAAAUUGCCUUGAGACUGGGUUACUUGUAAGGCAUUCUUUGAUUUUACUGCAGGUCUUCCGAGUGUUAUCAAGUGUGGGGAACUUAUUUUUGAAGGCUCUGUUACUCAUUUUGUUCUGUAAAACUCAAAAUAAACUCAAAAUAAACCAAAUAAAAUUGUGAACGGACAUUUUGAUGCUCACACGCUGUCUGCUCCUUAUUGAAACACAUGACAGUCAUGAUGUAAUAAAGCGAGAGAGGAAAAAAGUAUCUUUGUCUUUAUUAUUCUACAGCACUGUAAACGAUGGUGGUGCACCGCCAUGGGUUAAAUAAGAGCCAAUGAGAUGAACAUGACGGUUUUCAGCAUGUUUUGCAAUUCAUUAAUUUACCAGCAGCGCCGGCAAAUGCAAAUAUUCUCAAACUACACACAGCCACUUUAAGACUGCACGUAUCAUGCUUUUAUU